CUGAGUUAGCCAACUCUUAUUCAGUGAACACACCCUGUAGUUAAUCUGCGGUUAUUUUUUAGUGUAAUGUUUCAAAUUACGUCCAGGGUAUAUAACAACACUACCUUUCGACUUAUUUUAUCGGGAAGGAUUUAACCUGUUUGUACCUUCAACACCUGCGAGAAAGAGACCGAAAGUAUGGCCAGUGGUUUUCGUGCUAUGGUUCAUCGACAUAUACUGGCCUAUUUCAUCUGUUCUUUCGGUUUAGUUGCAGGACAAUCUACAAUAUAUGCACUCAAGGGGAAAGAGGUCAAGAUUAUACCAACCAUCCCAGGACAACCUGAUGAUAUUCUGUGGAAACAUAACGGCAACAAAGUGGUAGAGUUUAAUGGCCAGGAGCAACAGGCGUACCGCCCGUAUGAAGACAGGCUGACUCUUGACUGGCAUGGAGCAGAGCUCAGUAUCAAUCAACUCACAUUUGAAGACAGUGGAAGCUAUGAGUUGGAAACAGUAUUAAACAAAGUCUUCAAACGUUCAUUUUACAAGUUAGAGGUCAUAGACAAAGUUGCCAAGCCCACCAUAUCCUGUCAGAUGAUCAACGUUACCCAGGCAACGCUGAUGUGCUCUGCAAAGUCCAGCCUCCCUCAAUCCUUGAUGAAGAUUGAAUGGAGUUCACAUGGAAUCGUGCGGCCUGGCCCCAACUUAACAAUAUCUCUGGGGGACGAUGAUGAAGUAUACAGUUGUGAUGUGAGCAACCCUCUGACUAAAGACACAGCUACGUUCACUGCAAUGGAUUGCUACCCUGUCGCAGACAAAAGUUCAUCUGUAGGAGUGAUUGUCGGCUCCAUCUUUGCAAUUAUUAUUGUAUUGGUGCUCCUGGGCCUUUGCUUCAUGUUCCGCAGAAAACGUAUUGAAGCAUGUCGCAAAAAAGGAAAAAAAGAGUCUCCAGAUGAGGAGGAAAAUCGUGGUUUCCUUGACAGAGCACCCACACUUCCCUCUAAUCAGCGACUUUUCCCUUCGAACAAAAGCAGUAUGAACCCUAAUGACUCUGCUAGAGAACACAAUGAAGUCAAAAACUCAGAUCUGAACAACGUGUGUGUCCGGGACCGUAUAAAACAUUUUGAAUGCAAGGAGGACCAAAUUAAAGACAAUCCUAGUACUCCUGAUAGUAAGCCAAGCUCACAUCCGGAUGUGAAUACCGAGACGGCCCAUCAUGCUAGCAAGGACAAAGAAGAAGAUGCAGAUGCAGAUAAAGUCAAAGAACCCACAGAGAAAGCGGUCUCAUCAUGUGAGGAGGCUCCUGAGCAGACAGCUGCACCAUCAACUUCAUCUCCCAUUCAUGAGGAAGAAGAAAACAUGGGAGAGACUACAUCCAGUGGUACCAUGGCCUCAACAUCAACACAAAUUGAGUCUGCACCACUUCCCAGCACCUCAACAACACAAGCUGUACCAUCAACUCCAGCUCUCAUUCAUGAGGAAGACAACCAGGAAGAAGAAGACAUGGAAGAGACUACAUCCAGUGGUACCAUGGCAUCAACAUCAACACAAAUUGAGUCUGCACCACUUCCCAGCACCUCAACAACACAAGCUGUACCAUCAACUCCAGCUCUCAAACAUGAGGAAGACAACCAGGAAGAAGAAGACAUGGAAGAGACUACAUCCAGUGGUACCAUGGCCUCAACAUCAACACAAAUUGAGACUGCACCACUCCUCAGCACUGAUGUUACCUCUACAGCACAAGAGUCAGAAAAGAAGGCAGAAGAGGAUGAGGGAGCAAUGGAUUGUCCUACCAAUAGCGUUCCUCCUUCCCCUCAGCGUCAUUCCCCUUCACCCCAAAGCUCUCCACCUGAGGACAUCUCUGUUAAACCGGAGGAAGAUGUGAACUCAGACCAGGUAACUGGAGAAACUACAGAGAAUAAUCACAGAGAAUCUGACUUAUCAGAUGACUCUGGCAAGGAGAAACCCACCAUUUCUGACCAUAAAGGUUCAGAAGCAACAGCACAUGAGCAAGAUGCAAACUUGACACAGGGAGGAACUGACACAAAAGAAGAUAACCAGCAAGAAAUGGGCAAACCAGUUUCUCAAGAUGACUCUAAAAGUGUAGGUGAACAUGAAGAUAUAGAUAAGGCACAGAAUCAGUCUGUAGCCACCUCCCAGAACCCCGAGUGCGCCACACUGACAACAGCAGACAACAGUAACACCUGUACCUCUGAUGUGUCUCCAAUCGAAAACACCCAUGCAGAUCCCAAACAAAAGGGCAACACCAUAGGUGUCUCAGAUCAGUCUAAGGGACAGCCAGACAGCACCACAGCAGAUGAGGGUCAAUCUUUGGAAAAGAAAAAUGAGGACCAGUGUGGCCCAAAAGAAGAAAAGCCAGUUAACACAAGCCUGAAUGAGGAUAAAGAAGAAUAAAAGAAAGUGAAGUUGUUGAAUAGCUUUCAACUGCAUAUAAACUAUACUAAAUGAAAACUAAAGCCAAGGAGAAAGCAGACACACAUUAUCAUGGGGGAGGGGCACUCAAUUGGUCAUUUUGAAGGCCUUGUGGAAAGAUUGUACUUGAGAGCUGCAAUAUGUAUUAAAGAAAAGUUUAUGUUUUAGUUUUAUAUAAUAUGCACAUUAACUGUAGCAUUGCUAAAACAAUGAUAAUGUUUGUGAGACAUUGAUUAAAUAACUAAUAAUGUUUUGAGAAGAAGUAAAUUAAUAUUUUGCUAUCAUUGUAUUUUCAUUCAGUAGUUUAUUCUUGGGGUCCCUGGGGACACCAGUGGGUAGUCCUUGUAUUUUAAAUAUGUUGGUUGAAAUAUGAUGGUUAACCUAUCAUACCAGUAUGCUGUCUUCAUAGGUGAAGAAAACAAAACUAAAGAAGGAAUAAAAAAGCAGUGUCAGCCAACUACAUGCAAUAAACAGUCACUCUCAUGACAUGCAUGCUUGUGUGAGCCUACAGAAAUGACACACAUUGAAAGGAUCAGAUGAUGGUUCUUAGUAUAUACACUGUUGCCCAUAAAGUUGGAAUACAAUAUUUUUUAUUUCUUCUCAUGAAAUGAUUGUGAUAAUGUGAUUUAUUCUUGAUAGAUAAAGUGUAUAUAUUCUCAAAAUGGUAUUGAUCAAUCUCAUUGCACCUGGUCAAAGGUGAUUACUGAUGUGUAUAAAUAGAAAAUAAAAAGAGGAAUGUGUCUGAAAACAAAAUUAUUCCAACUUCAUGCGCGACCGUGUAUGUUCUUGAAUGUAUUUUAAAACAAAGUUUAAUGCACUCUUUAAUCUUGAAGCUGGUUUAUUUCUGCUGUGAAAAUAACUGAACAAUCUCAGAGCACAGGGUAUAUUUAUGAUUAUUCUUUUGUCUCACUGUACUUCUUUACUGAUGUGUUGGAAAUUGUUUAUUGCAUCGACUAGUAAAAUUUGAUUGUAAUUUGUAA